GUUCACAGAAGCCUACGUGUACAGUUCUGUGGAAGAGUGUUAUUGGGGUCAGGACAGAAGGACAACACUGACAUAUUGAUUCCACUGUGGCCCAGGUACAUCACACAGCUACAGGGACACGAAGACUGUGAGUGGAUUCAUGUAAAAAUUGGGUGUAAUGGAGAGUGUGAACUAUGACAGAUUCAGCUCAUCAGAUACAGAAAAUCUUCAUCAUGACCAAACACUGGUUCCUCUAAAAGGCAGACAGAAUAGAGUGGCAUAUGUCCUGUAUGGCCUUUUGAUCCUUCUCUUACUAAUCCUUCUGAUGGUCACUGGAAUUAAAUGUAGGCUAAAUACCUGUCUGUUACCUUCAGACUGCAUGGUUCUAAAUUGCACUUCCGCACACAUACAUGUCUCUCAGCUCAACCAAGGUGUUGAAGAAAUCAAGAUCUACCUGUCUGCAGCGAGGUCUCAAAACUCUCCAUUCCCAGCUAAGUCUCCGCAGCAUGGUGAAGUAGAUUUGGCCCCACAUUUUGUGGAGGAGCAAGGGGGCUGUCACGAUGACUGGUUGUACUUUGAAGACCACUGCUACUACUUGUCGACUGAGAAAACCAACUGGAACAGUGCAGAGCUGAGAUGCAUUGAGCAACAGGGACAUCUGUUUGUCCCUAACACUUUGAGGGAAAUGGAGUACAUGACAGAGUUUGCAAGCGCAAAAGACAUGUACUGGAUUGGACUGGUGGAAUAUGGACAUGAAGGCAAUUGGACCUUAGUUGAUGGUACAGACUUUGAAUCUACGCCAAAAUUUUGGGAUGUUGGGCAACCGGACGAUUGGCAUGUGCGUGUGAACGGAGAGGACUGUGCCCAGCUCCAUCCAGAGAUAAAAAAUGGCUUAAGAAGAUGGAAUGACGCUGAUUGCACCCUGAAUUACUAUUACAUAUGUGAAGCUAAAGUAAAAUGACAAUAAUGUCCAGCAUAUCUGCAGUCACAUAUGCAUCACCUCCCAAUAUAUUCCAUAUAAGGAGAAACGUUGUAAUGAUUUUGUUAGAACCAAAUGAAUGUUGCUUAAGUUACACAAUUUGCAUUAAAUGCAACAGAUAAAACUGAAGAAAUUGUUUGCUGGUGUGUUUCAAAAUGCUCUUAUAUAAUAGCUGUAUGGGUCAAAAGUCUAGUAUACUGGUGUUAAACUCAUAUUAAAACUUUAAAAUGUAUUGACAA